UCUGAGUUUCAACCCUAAGCAACUACACAAAUACUGUAGCGGCAGAGGGGAUAUUUAAAACAAACGUGUCGGAUUUUUGUCGUGUUUGUGGGAAUUACGAGAAGUAGUUUUCGCGCUUCUCAUAGUGCAAUGUUACAGGAUUGCAAUUCAAGAGCAGCUCUUCGCGGAUGGAAGUCUAGUGGGAUCCGCUGUUAACGUGGCCAGGAUUUCUGGAGCACCAGUUGGGAUGUUGCGACAGAGCGCCAGUGGCGGCACCAAGCGCUCCCUGGGGAUUGCACGGCUCUCAAACUCGAACUUCUUCCCCCUGUCAGCUGGCACGGGGACUUGGGGAAUGGGCCGUGGUACCAAGAGCAACUCCCUGAGCAGCAUCAGCUCCAGCUCGGAUGGCCUGGAGAAUCCCGGGGUGGACCCUGACUAUAUAAUGCAGCUCGUCAAUGAUGUCCGCAAGUUUGCUGAUGUGCUUCUCCACCUUAAAGAGGCUUUUCGUGCUGAAGAAAAUCAAGACUGUUUACAUCAAGUGGUCCACGAGAGGCUGGGAGAACUGCUACGCGUCCUGAAAGCUGUCAUUGGUAAACACCAGACCCUCAACUCUGUGGAUAUUCUCAGUGCAGCUGGGACAGUCAUUGCCAAAAUCAAAGGUGAGAAACUGAGCCAUCACAUUGGAAUUAAUGACCUGGGUUUAAAGAGAACUCCAGGAUUCUCUUUAUUACAUGGUGGUUUCUUUCUGUUUUUUUUCUUUCAAAUUCAAAAGUCUUAUGAAAACCUGUCAGUUGAGUGUGGAGGAUUAGUUCCUGAAAAAGAUGAUCUACAGGGGCCCCUGCGCGCCAAGGAGGUCGAUCACAUGCUGCUCAAAAAUGACAGCGGGAUCGAGUCAGCACUUCUGUAUGCUAAGGCUUGGUCCAAGUAUACCAAAGCUUUGCUACUCCUCCUUAUAUACCUCAUCAGUUUCAGCCUCCCUCAGUUGAGAAACGGUCUUAAAAUGGGACUCUGGAAGUACAGUUCACAGCUGACCUUAACCGAGAGCUGUUUUUCAAAAACAGCUAGAUUGACUUUUAAGCGAGCUUCACUUUUUUCAGGUGAUUUUAAAAGAAGGCUUCCCAGAACCCCUUCUACAGGCACCAUGUCUUCUGCAGAUGAUCUUGAUGAAAGAGAACCACCUUCCCCUUCUGACAAUGAUGUUUCUUUGUUGCGGUUUCAACAAACAGUUCUCAUGUUUUAUUCCUGGCUUAAUAUUCCACAGCCCAAUCCAUUAUUAGCCAUUAAUGGCAUUGGUGCUUUCCGAGGUAUUUACCGAGUAAAUGGAGCAAAAUCAAGAGUUGAGAAGCUUUGCCAGGCAUUUGAAAAUGGGAAGGAUUUGGUGGAACUCUCUGAUCUGUAUCCGCACGACAUCAGCAAUGUGCUAAAACUUUAUCUCCGGCAGCUUCCCGAGCCAUUGAUUCAGUUUCGUCUUUAUAAUGAAUUCAUCGGCUUGGCAAAAGAGAGCCAGAAUGUCCUUAUGGAUGAAGUUGAUUCUACGCCGAGUAGCCCAACAGCAGACAAACGCCCUCCAAGCAUCGAGCUGAACAGAGUAAUCUUCAAAAUCAAAGACCUGCUCAGACAACUGCCUGCGGCCCACUAUAAAACAUUGCAGUACCUUAUAGGACAUCUCAACAGAGUGACAGAGAAAGCAGAAGAAAAUAAAAUGACGGCCAGUAACCUGGGGAUUAUCUUUGGCCCCACUUUGAUGAAGCCUCGACAGACAGAUGCUGACGUGUCCUUGUCUUCCCUGGUUGACUAUCCCUACCAGGCCCGGAUAGUGGAGCUGCUCAUUUUGCAUUAUGAGAAAGUCUUCGAUGUUCCUCUGAGUCCCCUGUCCAGCUCCCCACCUGCUGUAGAGAGCUUGCCAGUGGAAUUUAACCUAAAUCCUGAAGAAAAAGAGGCGCAGCUUAUGAGACACUCUAAGUCUUUAGUUGAUAUCAAAGAAAGCUCUAAAGUAUAUAAAAGGCAUUCAUCUAUAAUUCCAUCUACUCAUUUGGUGGAUGAGGUAAAAGAUGUGAAACACAAACCUGAAGGAAGGGAAUUUAUGCCCGCGAUGGUUCAGAUUUCGGAGAACCUCAACGGGCUUCCAUCAGAAUCUUGCCUUCAAGAGGGACAGAAACCUAACCUGGUGUUUAGCAGAUCGAAUCACGGCGCAACCAAAGUGCAAAUGCGAUCUCCGAGACCUAAGUUAACCGCACGGCCCAUUAGCAUGCCAAUGGAAAGACUGUUAAACCCUUCUCAGCUCAAUGAGAAGAAUUCGAAAAAUUUAACGGAGCAGGAUCAGAGUCUCACAAUAGAGGAGACUUCAGAAACGGUCAAGACUUUUUCCAGUGUGAGCACAUACUGCCGGAAUACUUACAUUGACACUCAGUCUUUAAGGAGGACAUGGGACAAGCAGUACAAACAUUAUGAUAUCACUCCCAGGACAGCUAUGAUUAUGGCAAACAUACCCCAAGAAGCUCCCAGUUCUUCUGGUAGCACUAUACUCCCCAAUAAGCCAUACACUAUUGCUGUAAGGCCAGGAAGGGCCUUAAAAAGAGAUGGGAAUAUCUUUGAUACAAAUUCCACAACCUCUGCCUUCAGAGCUCCUCGAACAUUGCAGCCUCCCCCUGGAACUUUUUACAAACCUCCUUCCGGAAACAAAGCUCUCCAGACUGCGGACUUGGUGCCAAAUACAUGCCCUGCCACAACAAACAGCACAGAGACAAGGCAGAGCCUAAAAGACUCUGCGAUUGCCCCCCCAGAGUCUGAGGCUACAUCCACUGUUUCCACUGCCCAGCCUCAGUCUCCCAGCUCCAGCCCUGAGAACAUUGGCCAAAGUGAAGCAAAACCAGUUUAUCAAAGAGUGAGGGCCAGGCGCCUGCAAGAAUUUGAACACAGGGAAGCACACUUUGUAUAAUUCUUUAUCCAAUAUUGCAAAGCUGCAAAUAUUUUUUUUUAUAAAUGCAAUUUGUUUGUGCCAUAUUGUACAUGAAAUGGAGUACUUUUAUUACCCCUUUCUGAACAUUUACAAAAGCUGUGAAAAAUGUACAAGUAACUGCGGAAGUGUUGUAUGUAUAAUAUAUUCCUUGUUAUCUUUUUGUUAUGCAAGUUAGUAUUGGACGGACCCAUAGUGAGUCCCAAGUUAUUGCCAGAUGCACUUAGCUUAAAAUGUGUGUAUUUAUUAGUUAUUUAACACUUUAGUUGCUUUCUUAAAAAAUGUUUUAAAAAAAACAUUUUCAUACAAAAAUACUCUUGACUUCCAUUACCAAUUACCUUUUCACUGGAAACUGUAAUUUGUAAAUUAAACAAAAUUUGUCAAAAACUAAAUUUGGCUAAGAUAUAUAAUCAUUUUUCACCCAUUUUAAGGAAACAUAUAAUAUUCUUUCCUUCAGGUGUGUGCAAUUGCUCAUUACUCAUCAGAAUCAUCAUCAUAAAUACAUUGUCGUAUAAAGUUUGUUUCAAAUGUUCAUGUGCCAAGGUUGGUUAAUUUUUUAUAUCUAUGUAUGAAAUGUCACUUUAACAUCACAUAUAUGAUGCACUUAUUCACAUUUAAAUGGACCUUUAAGAUUUGCCAGUACCUAUACAAUUUCACACAGUUUGAUUAUAAGGGAGUAGUAUUCCUGUGACUGACCUUGGAAAGCAGCAAGGCCUCAAGUCUCCAUAUUAUUUCAGUUUGAAUAUUAUUUUAAUUCUGGUUAGCAUGCAUGCAAACAUUUUAAAAACUGGGCCACAGUAAGUAUAUCAGAUUUAUAUUAACUUUAUCUGUAAACAUUUUAUGAGUAUUACGUGUGAGGAGUUUCUGUUGCAAAAUUAAAUGUAUUAACAUUAUUUUCACAAACUAUCCCUAAGAACAUACACGUCUUUUGUAAGUUAUUAAAAUUUAGAUGGAAACUCACAAAAGAAUAAAAGGUGUAAUGUCAAUUAUUUUUUGUUAUGAUUGCAAUGUACUGUAAAAUAACCAGGUAGGAAGAUUUUACAAAGUUAAGUUUUCAUUUUUGAAUCUUAAAUUUUAAAAAGAAAUGGGGCUUAUCACAAUUUGCCACUAACACUGGAAUUCAAGAGUUAAAAAACAAAACUAUAAAUAAUGGUAUUUUCAGACCUACACAAUAGUUGUUUAUUCUUUCAAUAAAAAAAAAACAUUGAAAUGAUAUUGCUUUUAGCAUAAACAACUGAGAGAAAUCAAGAUAAAAAACAUUGCAACUUCCCAAUAGUUUAUUAGUGACCGGUAUAAUUGACAAGCAUUUUUAAUGACGAUAUUGCACAUUGUAAUGAAUUUAUGUAUUUAUUUACUAUUUGGACUUUAAGUUCAAUUUUUUUUCAAUUCAGAUUUAUACUGGCCUUCUGUAACAUACUGACACAUUUUGUUCUACCCAUAGAAGUAGAAGUAGUUAGAAGUAGAACUAGAAGUAGUUAAUUACUAGAUAUUAGAGAGAUGUAUGAGGCAUUUAUGUACAGACAGUUCUAUAGGGUUAAAUCUACCAUAUUAUAUAUGAAGCACUUAUUAUACACUUUCAUGGUAAUGCAAUUCACUAAUUUAAAUCACACCUAACUAACCAUCAAUAUAUAUCCUCAGGAGAUGUACAGUAAAUAUAAACCAGCAUUUACUACAAUCUUUGCCUUUGGAGGAAACAAAAAGAACUAUUAUCUUUGAUCUUCAAUGGCAAGUGGUGACCGCAUGACCACACUUUGGAAGAAUUUCUCCUUCGUUAAUAUUUGCCUGUGAGUGUUUGGAAGACACUUCAAAAACUGCUUUGUAAUGCUUGUGUUUGUAACAAUAAGACAACAUGGGAAAAUGCCAAGAAAAGCUGCCUUUUGAUUUAAGACAUGGAUAUAUUACAGAACAAAGCAAGAAGUGGGUUAUAGUGGUAACAUUUAUCACUGUCAAAAGAAUAGUACAAAAAUCAUUACGUGAAAAAAAGAAAGGAACAUAUCUUGUACAAGUUAAUUUUGUAUUGAAGUUUUUAAUUAAAAUCUUUCUAUGAAAGG